GUAUCCAAGUCGCGCCGCGUGCGCUUCGAGCUGACGCUGCGCAUCAUCGAUCUCAAUAACGUACCGCUUGUGUCGGGCACCAGCUUCAUCAAAUGGCAUUUGCCCUCCUCCACCGCGGCCGAGCACCGAGGACGGACGAACAAGUGCCCCAUCCGCGACCAUCGAGUGGCGUACGAGUACGAAAAACAGGUCCAUGUGCGCCUGACGGUGGGCAAGGAUGGCAUGCUGCAGGAGUGCAGUGUGGAAUUGGAGGUGUUGCAGGAAUACAACGCCAGUGGACGCGGCGAGCGCAUUCGAUUGGGAGCAGUCAAGCUGAAUCUCGCCGAGUAUGUGGAAGCCAGCGAAGCCCUACCGUCCUCGCCCGGCCCGGCGCCGAGCGAACUGCAUGAGGAAGGGGUGGUGCGCCGCUACUUGAUGCAAGAGAGCAAAAUCAACAGCACUCUCAAGGUGGGCAUUCACAUGCGCCACAUCGAAGGCACGCGCGACUACUACGCGCCUCCUCUGCGCACCGCACCCGUGUUUGGGGGCAUUGCUGGCAUCAUCUCCCACUCCGAGCCGGUCGCGGGGGGUGGCAAUAUCCUCGCGGAUACCGACGGGCCCGAUGCGGUGCACAAUUUCAUCAGCUCCAACAAGGAAGUGGGAGAGAUGCUAGACAUGUAUCGACGCUCGCUGGCGGCCGGCUGGUCAUCGCAGCCAGGCGAGCUCCAAGCAGACGAGUGCAUCGAGGACAUCUUCGCGGGCGGCGAUGGCUGGGGCAAGCAUGGACGACCUCAGCUCACCCAUUCGCAG